UGAAAUCCUGCAAUUCUUCUUCAAUAAAAGCUAAAGAAGUAAAGAAUAAACUCCUCUCGAGAAUGCAGAAAGCCAAUGGAGACGCAUUCUGCAUUCUCCUCUUCAUCUCACUCUCCACCUUCCUCCGCCUCCCGAUCUCUGAAUGCGGCCGCGCACAGGCCAUGUUCAUCUUCGGCGAUUCCCUCAUCGAUAAUGGCAACAACAACUUCAUUCCGACCAUUGCGAAAGCCAACUACUUACCUUACGGCAUUGAUUAUGGCUUCCCCACCGGAAGAUUCUGCAAUGGCCUCACCGUCACCGACUAUGGAGCGAAGCUUUUAGGGCUCCCAUUUCCGGUGCCGUAUUUGAGCUUACACUCGAAGACAACGGAGAUACUGAAAGGGGUUAACUAUGCCUCCGCUGCUGCAGGAAUUCUUGACGAAACCGGGCGCCAUUAUGUAAAUUUCGCUUCAGGAGGGAGGAUCUCGUUCAAUGGACAAAUUGCUUUGUUUGCGAAGACAGUAACUCUGCAGCUUCCUCUUCUGAUACCAAAUCUGAAGAUCUUGUCAGAUUAUAUUUCGAGCUCCAUUUUCGUCAUAAAUAUUGGUAGUAAUGAUUAUAUAAACAAUUAUCUGCUUCCCAAUCUUUAUUCCAGCAGCAGAGAGUACACAGCGGAUGCCUUUGCUGAUCUUCUCAUCAGCAACUUCGAGCGUCAGUUGAAGAGCUUAUACAUGCUUGGAGUCAGGAAGAUGCUUCUAGUUGGGAUAGGACCGCUGGGAUGCAUUCCGAGCCAGCUAUUUCAGCACAACAGCACCGAUGGCAGCUGCAUCGACCUCGUCAACGAACAGGUCUCUUUGUUUAAUGAACGGCUCGUGCCUCUUUUAGUCAAGCUCAAUUCAACGCUACCUGGGUCCUUCUUCGUCUAUGAGAACAUAUAUGACACAUUCAAUGAUUUGGUUCAGAACCCUACUAACUAUGGAUUUAUUGAGAAGAACCAGGCUUGUUGUGGGAGUGGGAAGUAUGGUGGACAGUUAAGCUGCUUGCCACUUCAGGUUCCUUGUUCUCAGAGAGAUGGAUUUAUAUUUUGGGAUUCAUUCCACCCAACACAAGCUGCUAAUAAGAUAGUUGCAGAGCGCUGUUACAGUCCUUCAGCUACAGAUUGCCAACCUAUUAGUGGCUACAUGCUCGCACAGCUAUAGAAAAGGUAUUAUUUGAUUAUUAGAAAUCAUAAAGAGGAAGUUUGUCCUAUGUUCCUCUCAUUAUCAUUGGAAAAUAGUUUGUAGGAGUGGUGCUAGUGAAUCAUGAAUAAUGAUUGUUGUUAGAGUUAGUUUUUUUUUUCCUUCAAAGAAAGAAAUAGAUUUGAGCUAAUGUUUGGUGUUAGCUUUUGUUUUGGUUUAAUUUUAAUGUAAUGAAGUAUGAUAUAAGGCAUGGCUUUUGAAGGAAUAAAAGAAGAGUUUAUUCUUCAAUGGAGGCUGA